CUCCUUUUUGUUGUCCUGUCCUUUUAUACCCCUCAAUUUCCCCUCUCCCCCUUUUCUUCUCCAUACGGAGAUGCCCAUUUCACUGCUCAAUCUCUACUGAUCGCCACCCUCUUUGUUGGGCUUCUCCACAAUCACAAUCCCCCACCCUUUAAUGGGGAUUGACAGCUCUCCCGCUGAUCGCAAACGCAACCAGUUUUCUGAAUUGCCCAAACAAACUACUACGAAUAACAAGUCGAAGAAGAACCGGCGCCGGCAUAAGAAGCCGUCGCCGGUUCAGCAACUUUAUGAAAUCUGUAACCAUGUCUUCGCCUCCACUGGCACUGGAACCGUUCCCCCUUCUCCCGAUAUCGAACGGAUACGAUCUGUUCUGGAUAAAAUGAAGCCAGUAGACGUUGGGUUGUCGCCGGAGAUGCCGUAUUUUCGGACGACAGCCGGUCAACGAAGUCCUCCUCCUAUAACAUAUUUGCACAUCUAUGAGAACAGCAAAUUCUCUAUGGGAAUAUUUUGCUUGCCUCCAUCAGGCGUCAUUCCACUGCACAACCAUCCUGGAAUGACAGUCUUCAGCAAGCUUCUCUUUGGGACCAUGCACAUCAAGGCGUACGACUGGGCCGAGGUCGGUGCCGAGACAAGUGCAUCUGCGACCGUAGACGCGUCCAAUGGCACAUCUUCUCCAAGCAGUGUUCGGUUGGCGAAAGUUAAGGUAGACGCCAACUGCACGGCACCAUGCGACGCAUCAAUUCUUUACCCUGCAGACGGAGGAAACAUACACUGCUUCACGGCCGUGACCGCAUGUGCAGUGUUAGAUGUGCUCGGCCCUCCUUACAAUGAUCGCGAUGGUCGGCAUUGCUCGUACUACCUCAGCUUUCCUUUCACCAAAUUUUCAGUCGAUGGGGUUUCGGUAACGGAAGAAGAGAGGGAAGGCUAUGCAUGGCUUGAAGAAAGAGAGCAACCUGCUUCUUUUACUGAUCUUUCUUCUCUGUGGAACAUGAAUUAGGUACUUUUUUUUUGUUCACUCAUCUUACUGUUUUUAAUCAUCUUUUUGUAUAUAGUCAAGUUAGAAAGUGACAAGUAAAAAGGAGUAUGAAUUUGUUAUGUUCUUCCAA